UGAAAAACUGUUUAUUUUGUUUCUUAUUAAAUAUAUAUUUAUUUAGUUAGUUUCCAUGUAGAUAUAAACAAGGAAAAAAUUUUAUUUUUACAUCAGCUUUUUUUUUUAUUAUUUAUUCUACGCAUCAUUGUCAGCAAAGGUCAUAACUCACUUGAUCAUUAUGACCAUGAGAUAAAUUUUUUUUAUCAAACAUUUGCGCUGUCAUUUAAUUACAAACACUUGCACAGACAACUGCAUAUAUAUGUGUUUCAGUUUUCGCAUUAGACUGAAAUGUUUAGUGCAUUAUAGACUUGCAUGUCUAAAAGAUCUGUAGCUGAAUUUUAAUAUUCGCUUCGAUAGUUUUUUUGUAAUGAUGGAUACUUGGACGUUGCUUUUGAGUUUUUUAGUUUUUAUAAUUGUGUAUAUUUAUUUUCAAUCUGGGAAAGUGAAGUAUUUUGAAAAACAUGAAAUUCCACAUAUUAAACCAUGGCCACUGUUGGGAAAUAUGGGAGCAUCAUUGUUUCGGAGAAUUUCAGUGUUUCAUUACAUCCAAAAUGUGUAUAAUAUAAAUAAAGAUGCUAAAUACGUUGGUUUUUAUGACUUUGGUAGUCCAACUGUACUAAUACGUGAUCCAGAACUAAUUAAAUCAAUUGCUAUAAAAAAUUUUGAUCAUUUUGUUAAUCAUCGUUCUUUUGUUAAUCCCGAAGUAGAGCCACUUUUUGGUAACAAUCUUUUUUCAUUACACGAUGAUAGGUGGCGAGAAAUAAGAAAUCUUCUUACUCCUGCCUUUACAUCAAGUAAAAUGAAAGGAAUGUUUAAAUUAAUGUCAAAUUGUGCUGAAAAUUUUGUUGACUACCUUGUGAAAGAUUCAAAAGAAAAACCACUUGAAAUAUUUUCGAAAGAUGCAUUUUGUCGUUAUACAAAUGAUGUUAUAGCAACUUGUGCAUUUGGAAUAUCAAUAAAUUCAAUGAAAGAUAAAAAUAAUGAUUUUUAUGUACUUGGUAGAAAGGCUACAAACUUUGAAGGAUUCCAGUCGGUAAAAUUUUUCUUUGUUCGGAGUUUUCCAAAUUUCUCAAGAUUUUUCAAGAUAAGAAUAAUUGAUAGUAGAGUAGAUGGAUUUUUCCAAAAACUUGUAGAAGAUACAAUACGUACAAGAGAUGAAAAAGGAAUAACAAGACCAGACAUGAUUCAAUUGAUGAUGGAGACACGAGCCAAUAAGUCGGGACCAACACUUUCGAUAACAGAUAUGACAUCACAAGCAUUCAUCUUCUUUUUUGGGGGCUUCGAUACGACAUCGAGCCUCAUGUCAUUCGUUGUUCACGAAGUCGCUGCUAAUCCUGAGAUUCAAACAAAGCUUCAAAACGAAAUUGAUGAAAUGUUAGAAAGAACAAAUGGGGAUGUAACAUAUGAAGCUGUAAAUAGACUUGCAUAUCUUGACGCAGUCAUUAACGAAACACUUAGAUACUAUCCGAUUGCUGGAUUUCUUGACAGAGUUUGUUCGAAAAGUUUUGAAUUACCUCCAACAUUGCCAGGAGCAAAACCACACCGUCUUGAACCUGGUGAUUUUCUAUGGUUUCCAGUCUUUGCCAUUCAAAGAGAUCCAGUAUAUUUUGAUGAACCUGAAAAAUUUUAUCCAGAUAGAUUUAUUGAAGACCCAAAAGGCACUCUGAAUUCUCCAGCAUACAUGCCAUUUGGUUUAGGUCCGAGAAUGUGUAUUGGCAAUCGAUUUGCAUUAUUAGAAACUAAAGUACUAUUAGUGCAUCUUGUUGCUAAAUGUCAACUCAAACCAGGUAAAAAAAUGAUUUUGCCACUUGAAAUUAGCAAGAGUAGUUUAGCAAUGACAGCUAAAGGAGGUUUUUGGUUGGAAAUUCAACCGAGAAAUAAAUAACUACAAUAAGCAACUAUAAUUAUUAUAAAUAAUAAUGAAUAAUAUUAAUAAUGGAUAAUAUACAUAUGUAUAUUACAGCUGAACUAUAAUUUGUGUAUCAGAUAUAAUAAUUUUCUUGCAAUAUUGGAUAAAAGUGUUUUAUUAAUAAAUAUGUACUAAUAAAAAAUAAAAUAACUGCAAAAUUAGUUUCAUUACAAUUGGCGCUGACCUCGAAUACUUGACGCUGUUUUUUUUCUUUUUAUGAUAUGUUAUUAUACUAAUUUUAUUAUUAAUUUAAACUAGUUUAAACAAUUGCGUAGCAAGUUUUUUUGGAUUUAAAUUAUUGAUGUCGAUAAAGUAAAUUUCUUUUGUCCAUCUAUUGUCGAUUUUAUGAAACAGAUUGUGUCUUUGGAUGUGUGUGUGCGCGUAUGUAUAUAAAUAAAACAUGGAGGUGAAUAUACACCUCCAUGAAAUAAAAAAAUAAAUAAAUAAAAAAAUCAUAACCAAACUCUUUAUUCACUAAAAAAU